UUUUCUUUCCAAACAGAGAUAAAAGAGAGAAAAAGAGUUGGGGGCGGUCUAUCUAUCGUCGGAGAGAGUGACCGCUACGCGUGGUUCGGGGCGAAACAUGGCGCCGCCCGCCGCCGCACGGCUCCGGCCGCGCGCGGCCGCCGUGCGACUCGCAAGCAGCGCUUCCUCCUCCUUCCCUACCGCCUCCAUUUGCGGCCUCCUCUCUCUUUACGGCGCCUCUAGGGUUUCCUCCGUCUCCUUCCGUCGGUGUCCAACGUCGCCUCUCGUCCGGUGCUCCCAAGACCCCGACAAGAUCGAAGUGUUUAAUACUGAAGGAACUGAGCAGUCACAAGGAGGCUCCGCUGGUUCAGUAAAUUAUCAUAAAGAUUCAGCAUGGAGUUUCUCAUCUAAAGAAUUGGUAGAAAAACUAAGGAGGUACGGUGCUGCUGGUGUUUUGUCCUAUGGACUACUUAAUACUGUCUACUAUGUCACGACAUUCUUAUUAGUUUGGUUUUAUUUUUCUCCUGCUCCUGGUAAGAUGGGUUAUGCUGCAGCAGUAGAAAGAUUUCUCAAACUGAUGGCAAUGGUGUGGGCUGGCAGUCAAGUUACUAAAAUUCUUCGAGCAGGAGGGGCACUUGCAUUGGCUCCUUUUGUUGAUAGAGGGUUAAGAUGGUUCACAGUCAGGUUCAACUUCAAAUCAGAAGGAAAGGCAUUUGCUACAAUUGUAGGGUUCUGUUUUGCACUUGCUGCUCUACUGUUCUUUGGACUAACAAUACUUUGGGCAUAGUAUACCUGUCGCUGCUGAGGAAUCACCCAAAACACUGCUGAAAGAUCCUUCAAAACUAUGGUUUUCUUGGUAUCAUGGAUUGGUUGUUGAAAAAGGGUUACGGUGUCUUCUUGUAUGAGUAGCUAUUCUCAAUUAUCAUUUGCAUAAUCUACCUGCAACUUGCUACUUCAUUCGUUCAUAAUCUGGAACAUUAUUCAAUGUACAUAUUGCUGUGACAUGAUCCUUGGGCGUGUGUUAAUAAAGACACUGUUAAACAAAGUUUGCUGUGGAAUCUGUACAGAAAUGAACUGUGUUUGUUUCGUUGAAGAUCUUCCAUCACUUCUCAAUUCACAGCUGUUUUCCCUUGGCAGCAGCUGCUGUCACAUGGAUGCAACGAACAAGCUUAUGAUUUUCAUGGCUGCUUGGAGGGUUGGUGGGAAGGUAAGUUGUAGAGCCUCUCACCUAGGGCCGUCAACGAGCCGUGCUCGAGGAGCCAGCCUAUCUAGACUUGAGCUCGACACAAGUUCGAGUCGAGCUCGAAUCAAAGCCUACCAAAC